GAGAAUGUGGAAUUGCAGAGUCUGAUGUGGCUGUGAGUGCAAUGUACCCUAGUAUCCCCAGAGAUUCAGUUUCAGAACUACCCGGUCAUCUCUCAGCUAUUUCCUGGGAGUGCGAGGAACUGCCGGUUGCUCACCUGUGCCACAGAAGAACCACAGGAGACUCCCAGGACUACCUAGGUGCCUCCUCUGACUGGGCCAGCAGCUACCACCUCUGCUCCUUUACAUGGCUCUGCGUUGGACAUGGUGCCAAGGACACCGAGGACUCUCCACAGGGUAGACGCACGCUCCACCAGACCUUGUGUGCCAUCAGAUCCCCAGAGGAAUCUGAGGGGGUUUGUACUCUUCACUGGGCUCAGCCCAAAGCACAGCGGGUGCAGGGUCCUUUCUCAGAGACCCUCUGUAGCCUCUGGGGCACAACCAGACAGGAGAAUCCAAAACCGACACCACCGAAAUCUAAGAUCUUUCUGUCAAAGACCUUCGCCUGGGGAUUUCGCCGACAUCCGCGGGCUCCCAGGGGCGAAGCCCGCGUGACGGGCUCCCCUUCCCGGAGCCAGCAUACCCAGGUGGGCCCCUGCACCGGCCCCCUAAAAAGUUUCAUCCUCAACCUCAAGUUCGGAGGCCCAGAAGAAGGUUCCCGCUAUUCACGGCUGGCGGCUCAUUUCCUUGCCCGUCUCCCGGGGAGUGUUUCGGUCCGGCACACCAGGACCCUUUGCCUAAAAGUCUGCCGUCGCCCACAAAUCCCAAGCGCGGGCGUCCUCAGGUCCCCAGGUUCGAGAACCGAACCCUCCAAUAAUGCACUCAGGCUCCUCCCCCUUCUCUGCAGCCCGGUUCAGGUUACAACUGAUGGAAAACCAAAAAUCAUUGAUAUCAUUGAUACAACAGGAAGUGGUGAUGUGAAUACUGCAACAGAAGUAGAGCCAAAAGAUGGUGAAAUUAUUGGUCUUUCAGGAAGAGUGCUUAAGAUUCCUGCAAGCUGGACAAAUCCCUCAGGCAAAUAUCAUAUUGGCAUAAAAAAUGGCUAUGACUUCUAUCCUAAGGCUCUUAAGGAAAGGAUACAGAAAGAACGGAAGGAAAAAAUCUGGGACCCUGUUCACAGAGUGGCCCUUGCAGAAGCCUGUAGAAAACAGGAAGAAUUUGAUGUUGCCAACAAUGGCUCUUCUCAAGCAAAUAAGCUAAUUAAGGAGGAACUUCAAAGUCAAGUGGAAUUGCUAAAUUCUUUUGAGAAAAAAUAUAGUGAUCCUGGCCCUGUAUAUGACUGCUUGGUAUGGCAUGAUGGUGAAGCCUGGAGAGCCUGCAUUGAUUCUAAUGAAGAUGGGGAUUUGAGUAAAUCUACUGUAUUGAGAAAUUACAAAGAGUCCCAAGAAUAUGGCUCUUUUGGCACAGCUGAGAUGUUGAAUUACUCCGUUAACAUAUAUGAUGAUGGGAACCUGCUCUCCAUAGUGACCAGUGGAGGAGCUCAUGGGACACAUGUAGCUAGUAUAGCUGCCGGACACUUUCCAGAAGAGCCUGAACGGAAUGGGGUAGCUCCUGGUGCUCAAAUUCUUUCAAUCAAGAUUGGUGAUACCAGACUGAGCACAAUGGAAACGGGCACAGGCCUCAUAAGAGCUAUGAUAGAAGUGAUAAAUCAUAAGUGUGAUCUUGUCAACUAUAGCUAUGGAGAAGCAACUCACUGGCCAAAUUCUGGGAGAAUUUGUGAAGUAAUUAAUGAAGCGGUAUGGAAGCACAAUAUAAUUUACGUUUCCAGUGCUGGAAAUAAUGGUCCAUGCCUUUCUACAGUUGGUUGUCCAGGCGGAACUACAUCAAGUGUGAUCGGUGUUGGUGCUUAUGUUUCUCCUGAUAUGAUGGUUGCUGAGUAUUCGCUGAGAGAGAAAUUACCUGCAAAUCAAUAUACAUGGUCCUCUAGAGGCCCUAGUGCUGAUGGGGCCCUUGGUGUGAGCAUCAGUGCGCCCGGAGGAGCCAUUGCUUCUGUUCCUAACUGGACGUUGAGGGGGACUCAGCUCAUGAAUGGGACGUCUAUGUCCUCCCCUAAUGCCUGUGGAGGUAUUGCCCUGGUACUUUCAGGUCUGAAAGCUAAUAGUGUUGAUUACACAGUUCAUUCAGUCAGAAGAGCUCUAGAAAACACUGCAGUGAAGGCUGACAACAUAGAAGUAUUUGCCCAAGGACAUGGCAUUAUCCAGGUUGAUAAAGCCUAUGACUACCUCGUUCAGAAUACAUCAUUUGCUAAUAGAUUAGGUUUCACUGUUACUGUUGGAAAUAACCGUGGCAUCUACCUCCGAGAUCCUGUUCAGGUGACUGCACCUUCAGAUCAUGGCGUUGGCAUUGAACCUGUAUUUCCAGAGAACACAGAAAACUCUGAAAAAAUAUCCCUUCAGCUUCAUUUAGCUUUAACUUCUAAUUCAUCUUGGGUUCAGUGUCCCAGCCAUUUGGAACUGAUGAAUCAAUGUAGACACAUAAACAUACGUGUGGAUCCCAGGGGCUUAAGAGAAGGAUUGCAUUAUACAGAGGUAUGCGGCUAUGACAUAGCAUCCCCUAAUGCAGGUCCUCUGUUCAGAGUUCCCAUUACUGCCGUUAUAGCAGCAAAAGUAAAUGAAUCAUCACAUUAUGAUCUAGCCUUUACAGACAUACACUUUAAACCUGGUCAAAUUCGAAGGCAUUUUAUUGAGGUUCCUGAGGGUGCAACAUGGGCGGAAGUUACGGUAUGUUCAUGUUCUGCGGAAGUGUCCGCAAAGUUUGUGCUUCAUGCGGUACAGCUUGUGAAGCAAAGAGCAUAUCGAAGUCAUGAAUUCUAUAAGUUUUGUUCCCUUCCAGAAAAAGGAACGCUGACUGAAGCUUUUCCUGUCUUGGGUGGGAAAGCAAUUGAAUUUUGCAUUGCUCGUUGGUGGGCAAGUCUUAGUGAUGUUAAUAUUGAUUAUACCAUUUCUUUCCAUGGGAUAGUAUGUACUGCUCCUCAGUUAAACAUUCAUGCAUCAGAAGGAAUCAACCGUUUUGAUGUUCAGUCCUCCUUGAAAUACGAAGACCUGGCUCCCUGCAUAACUUUGAAGAACUGGGUCCAAACACUACGCCCAGUGGGUGCAAAAACAAAACCUUUAGGAUCAAGAGAUAUUUUGCCAAAUAACCGUCAACUUUAUGAGAUGGUCCUGACAUACAACUUUCAUCAACCCAAGAGUGGGGAAGUAACUCCAAGCUGCCCACUACUUUGUGAAUUAUUAUAUGAAUCAGAAUUUGACAGCCAACUGUGGAUUAUUUUUGACCAGAACAAAAGACAGAUGGGUUCGGGCGAUGCCUAUCCACAUCAGUAUUCUUUGAAGCUGGAGAAAGGAGAUUAUACAAUUCGACUACAGAUUCGCCAUGAGCAAAUCAGUGAUUUGGAACGUCUUAAAGAUCUUCCAUUUAUUGUUUCUCAUAGAUUGUCUAAUACCUUGAGUUUAGAUAUUCAUGAAAAUCAUAGUUUUGCACUUCUAGGAAAGAAGAAAUCGAGCAAUUUGACAUUACCACCCAAAUAUAAUCAGCCGUUUUUUGUUACUUCCUUACCAGACGAUAAAAUACCUAAGGGGGCAGGACCUGGAUGCUACCUUGCAGGAUCCUUAACGCUGUCAAAGACUGAACUAGGAAAGAAAGCUGGGCAGUCUGCAGCAAAACGACAAGGAAAAUUUAAAAAGGAUAUAAUCCCUGUUCAUUACUACUUAAUACCUCCACCAACAAAGACGAAGAAUGGCAGCAAAGAUAAGGAAAAAGAGUCAGAAAAAGAGAAAGAUUUAAAAGAAGAGUUUACUGAGGCAUUACGAGAUCUUAAAAUUCAGUGGAUGACAAAGCUGGAUUCUAGUGACAUUUAUAAUGAAUUGAAAGAAACAUAUCCUAAUUAUCUUCCUCUGUAUGUUGCGCGACUUCACCAGUUGGAUGCUGAAAAGGAACGAAUGAAAAGACUUAAUGAAAUUGUUGAAGCUGCAAAUGCUGUUAUUUCUCAUAUAGACCAAACGGCUCUAGCAGUUUAUAUUGCAAUGAAGACUGAUCCUAGGCCUGAUGCAGCUACUAUAAAAAAUGAUAUGGACAAACAAAAAUCGACUCUUGUAGACGCCCUUUGCAGGAAAGGUUGUGCACUGGCCGACCAUCUUCUUCACACGGAGAUUCAGGAUGGGGCUGUUUCAAGUGAUGUAGAAGGAAAAGAAGAGGAAGGAGAAACCACUUUGGAUUCUCUGGCAGAAACAUUUUGGGAAACUACAAAAUGGACUGAUCUUUUUGACAAUAAGGUUUUGACAUUUGCAUAUAAGCAUGCACUAGUAAAUAAAAUGUAUGGGAGAGGCCUUAAAUUUGCAACUAAACUUGUAGAAGAAAAACCAACAAAAGAAAACUGGAAAAAUUGUAUUCAACUGAUGAAGUUACUUGGAUGGACCCAUUGUGCAUCUUUUACUGAAAACUGGCUCCCCAUCAUGUAUCCUCCGGAUUAUUGUGUAUUCUAAAAUAGGAACCAAGACUUUAAAUUUUAAAAAAGAAAGUUUUAUAGUGAAUGGAUAUAAAAACUAAUUUGUGGCGUUUUUAGUCUAAUGCAUGUUUUCAUCCACUAUCAAAUGCUGAUUAUUAAAACGAUGUGUAUUUAUCAGAGAAUUCACUGGUGUGUGGCUUAAUACAUGUAAGUCUAGACCUCUGACAUGGUGUUUUCCUAAUGCCUUGCGUUGCUGGCACAAGGGAUGUGCCCUGCCUGCCAGCACCUAGGCCUUUGAUUUGGGUUGCAACUUAUUACGUGCAUGAUAGAUUUUGAACAAUAACUUUUAACUGCAAACCUGUACAAUUCUAUUUUUUAUUUUAUAAAUGAACAGGGUUUUAACAUGCUCAACUUUAAUUUUUUUCAAUUGUAUGAAGGCCUUAAAAAAGCUACGUUAAACGUAGCUGAAAUUAUUUAUUGGACUAAAAAUUAACAGAACUUCAUUUCCAGAUUUUCUUUUCUUUUUUUAAUUUUGGCAAACGUUUACAUUUAAUUAAGGGGAAAACAUAGAACUGGCACAAGCAAGUGGCAGUCGCUGAAGCAUAACUGCUUCAAUAAGUCAACUUGGAGUCAUCACAGGCAAGUCAUUUGAACGUCCUCUUGAAGGUGCAGCACAUCCGAAUAAAUUAAUAGCGUGUAUCAAUGCCAGACAGCUACAUCUUUAUCAGGUGUUGUAAAAAUACAGAUGUGGUUUGUUUAUUAAAGUUGAAAUAAUGUAAAACACUUGAACAAAUGUGCAAAACCAAGAUCACCGUACACCAUAUGCACUCUGAUACCUUAUUUUUUUUUAUAAAUAAAAAAAGUGAAUAUUGAAACCUCUUAAA